GGUGAAUCACAUGUCUGCACCGAGCCCGUUAUCCGGGGGAUAAAAAGCAGGGACAGGCAGUCUGGAGCAGCUUCAGACGCUCUGCAGCUUCAGGAGCGGAGUCUCCACCUGAGCUUCCCAGGUCUUUCUCAUCAUUGCCUGCUGGCCCCGUGAGAGGCAGAGAGGAUGCUAAUGAUGAUGAUGAUGAUGAAGAAGAAGGGGUCCAAGUCUCUGGCCGUGGUGGCGCUUCUCGUGGCUUCAGCCAACUGCAUCCUGCCGCCAUCCAAAGAAGAUCUCAAUGACAUUUCCAUCCAGGGGGAAAAGUAUCUGGACCAGCAGAUUGAAAAUGCCAUCAAUGGCGUGAAGGAGAUGAAAACUGUGAUGCAGAAAUCCUCUGAGGACCACCAGAACUUUUUGGAUGCUCUAGAGAAAACCAAGCAGCAGAAAGAGGAGGCCAUACGUACCGCUCAGGAGAUGGAGGCCAGGCUGGAGCAGGAGGAGGAGGUCUGCAACGAGACCACGAGGGCCCUGUGGGAGGAGUGCAAGCCCUGUCUGAAGAACACCUGCAUCAAGUACUACUCCCGAACCUGCAGCAGUGGAUCCGGCCUGGUGGGACGGCAGCUGGAGGAGGUGUUGAACCGAACGUCUCCGUUCUCCAUUUUUAUCAACGGGCAGAAGAUCGACACUCUGAUGCAGGAAGAGCAGCGUCAGAACAAAGAGUUCAAGGACCUGGAGGACAGAUACACAGAGAUGGAGGGCGGCGUGGACAGCAUCUUCUCAGACAGCAUGAAGGUGGCUGACCACGUUCACUACAACCCUCCCAUGUUUUACAUCCCAAACUUCCUCUCGCCGUACAUCCGUCGGGCCAGAAGCGUCCGCUCUCUGUUCCGCAACCCCUUCCAUAACUUCCACAGCAUGUUCUCCCCGAUGAUGGGCAGGAACUUCUUCGGCUCCAUGAUGGACGUCGACAGCGACUCUCCCAACGAGGAUGGCAACGUGAACGAGGACGUGGUCAUUACCCGGCCUUUCGGCGAUGGCAGCAUGACCUGCAGAGAGAUUCGACGGAACUCGGCCGGCUGCCUCAAGUUCCGCGACGAGUGUCAGAAGUGCAAAGAAAUCGAGCAUGUUGACUGCUCUGGGAAGAAACCCCUGGAAGGCCCCGAGAAGGAGAAGCUGGAGGAGGCGCUGGCGAUGGCCGAGCGCUUCACGCAGCAGUACAGCUCACUGCUGAGGAGGUUCGAGGAGCAGAUGUUCAACACCUCCUCCGUCCUCGACCUCUUCAACAGGCAGUUCGGUUGGGUGUCGUCUCUGGCGAACAACACCAAGGACGGCAUCUUCCGCGUUCAGACGGUGGUCUGCAAGGACUCCGAGGAGAAUCCCGUAGACACCAAGGUGUCGGUGCGGCUCUUCGACUCUCCGCCCAUGAACCUCACCGUGCCGGGCGACAUCCCCUGGACCGACCCCAAGUUCUCCGAGGUGGUGGCUCAGGAGGCUCUGGACCGGUACAAGGAGACCAGCGUUGUGGUGAAAUAAGCUCAAGGACCUGCAAGCGAUGAACUUCCGGAUUCAUCGAAACAAAAAACACCUGAAGCAAACUCAUUGUUCCUCUUUUAAGUCCUGCUAAUGCAAAAUAACAGUUUAACCUCAGAGAUUUGUAUUGUUCCAUUAGUCCUGCUGUAAGAUAUUCAUUAGAUGUCUGUAGAGCCAAAUGCUAAAAGCCACCAUAUUUCAUGCUAAUGUUUUACUCCUGUAGUUUGGGAACUUGGCCUGUUGCUUUUGGCUGCACUAACAUGAGAUUCUUAACUUCUGCAAGUUUUUUUUAAAAAAACUCAAAAUUUCUGCUAAGAUUUAGGAGAAACUUAGGAUGUCUUCAAACUAUUGCCGUGACUUUAAUGACCUUUCACUCCCUUCUACAAAUCUCAGAUCACAAGAGUCUGAGUUGGUUGAAGUGUUUGAGUGUGCUGGAGUUAAAAUCACUGAUCAGGAGGAAAGAAAUGUUAUUUUUGGAAUAGCUUGUAGCGGCAGCCGAGCAGUGAAACGAUGUUUAGAGAUUCAAUAAAAACAUGUUAAACUCUCA